AUGUCGAAGUGGUUAGACUUGGGUUUGACUUGUACACAAAUUAGUUUCAAGACACAACAAUCUGUUUCAUAUAGUCCAAUGAAUUGUGUCUUCGAACUUGAUGGGCGCAAAUUGUAUUUAGGAAAUAUCAAUGCUGCAAAUGACUCCUCUUAUCUAAGAAAACAUGAUGUCGGUGCUGUGUUGUCUGUCAUAGACACCAGUGAUAUCAAAUUGGAAAAGUCAGUUAUUCAUCUAUGGAUUGCAGCCGAAGAUUGUGAAAAAGUUCAACUAAUAAGAUAUUUUGAUUAGGCCUCUAAUUUUAUACAGGAUAAUCUUAGACAUACAAAUGUGUUAGUUCAUUGUUAUGCUGGCAUAUCAAGAUCUAGUUCAUUGAUUAUUGCCUACCUGCUCAAAUGCUAAGGUUAUUCAUUAAAAGAAGCAUUAACCAAAUUGAAAUGUUAGAGACCUUAAGUUGAUCCAAACGAUGGGUUUUUGGAACAAUUAAAAUAAUAUGAAGAAAAACUGAAACAAAGCAAAACUCGUCCCAAUUCUAGUCUCAAUAAAAGUGAUAGCAAAUAUUUAAGCUUGAGCUCAAGUGUUGAAAAAUAAUCUUCACUCCCAAAAACUAGAUAGAGCAUUUCAAACUUCAAUAUUUAUAGUAAUCUUAAUUCUUAAGUGACUAAAACUAAUAUUAGAAAUCUUUAAUUAACUACAACUGCGAUUCCCAAAGCAAAAUCAAGCUUUUUAGAAAAAAGUUGUAGUCCUUCUAAUAUCAACACAUAAAAUAACUCAGGAAAGACAUUCUUUUCGAAUUCGAAGCUUGAAGAUCCUUGGAAACAAUACUAAAAAAUAAAAAAUUAAGAAACUACAUGGAAUAAAUCAAUUUUAGGAAUGAAAAAUAUUUAUAGCAAUCACAGUAGAUAACAUUCUUUGAACCAUUGA